AUGGUUGAAGCUAUCACAAGUUCUUGGACCUAUACUUUAAUUAUCUUGGACAAUGCCACAUCACAAGCUUUGGUUCGAUUUGGUGCCCCUAAGGAAGCUGUUGAGGUUUCUCAAGAAAAUAAAAUGACAAAUACUGAAGGGGUGAAUAAAGGCAUUUACUUUGGCUACCCAUGCCGACGUCAAAGCUGUGCUUUAGUAAAUAUCCCAGCACCAUGUGUCAACAAAAUAAUUUCACACAUUGAAGAUGUGGAGUCUAAAAUACAGGAACAUUUGAGACAGUUUGAAACUUCUUUGGAAGAAUGGAACAGUACUUCUUCCACAAAAGACCUGAAAGAAGAUCAAAGUGUUGCUACAGUAGUGAAAGAGGUCAAACCAGAAUUGAGAGAUGAAAAGUGUCCAGAAUUAAAGCAGGAAAUGGAAACAUUGCUGUCAGAGGCAAUCUAUCUGAUUAAAAGUCUAGAAACUGACCGUGCAGAAGCUGAAGAAGCUUUAAAACAACAAAAAUCAAGAAGGAAAAAUAUUAACAUGCAAAUUGAUUCUUGGUCAAUCUGGAAACUUCAAGAAAUCCCGUUAGCUGUGCAGAAAGAGCACGAGGCCUAUUUGAGAGAUAUUAUAGAAUUACGAUGGCAUCUUGAAAGUGAAACUCAUCAAGUAAAAUGUCUUGAGGAACAAAAGGCAAAAUUAGAAGAAGCUAAUACAAAACUUCAAGAAGACGUAGACUACAUGAAUAAAUAUCGCCCUCUGCUGCUCUCAAAGCGGGAUUAUGAACUUGAAGCUCUGAGAGAAUUUUAUCAGAAAAAAUUUGAGGCAAUGGAACUAUACAGACAAGUUCAUGGAGAACUUGAAGAAACCAUAGAAAAUCUCAAAAAAGCCAAAUUGAAUGCUAAACAAAUUAGAGAAGACAUGGAAAAGGAUAUUAUUAAAGAUAAAAUAAGCAUAGAAGGCUACAGGAGAGAGUUGGAUAGACUUAAUGGUCUGUAUAAUUUAUACUGUACAUCAAUACAAGAUGUUAAUGUUAAUGUUGAGGAGAAUGAAGAGAUAGUGACUGAAGUACUGAGGGAAACAAGAUCAUCAAAAAAACAAUUAGCUACUUUAUCAAAAAAACUCGAUGAUUUUAAAAAAACUUUUGAUCAACUAUUCUGGAAGAAAAAAAUUUAUGAAAUUGAAUAUACGGAUGCACUUAAUAAUUUUUAUUCCACAAAAAGAACGUGGGAUGUGGAGCUUUCUAAUAUCGCAAAAGAUUUUUCAGAUGUUUCAAUAGCAUAUUCUCAAUUGAUGGAAGAAAAUAGAAGAAUUGGGAUGGAUAUUGAAACUAUAGUAGGUUAUGCCAAUGACAGUAUAAGGAAAAAAUCAGAAUUUGAGACUGAAAUCCAAUCUUUGUUGAAAAUGAGGUCAAAAAAUGAAGAUUUUCUUAAACAACUAUACAAGGACACAUAUAACAUUGGUGCUAUUUUCCACCUAACUAGAUUUAAAACAGAAGAAGUAGAACAGAAAAUAACAGAAGUGAGAAGAAAAUUCAAGGGUAGAGAAGACUUCUUGAAAAAAAUCACUCGGGGUCGAGUGGCUAAUGGAAUGAUAAUUCAGAAAAGACUGUUUUCCCUUCAAGAAGAACAGGCACUUGAGAGGGAGGAACUUACGAGAAAGAAAGCAAUAUAUAAUCUGGCCCUGGCAGAAAUGGAGAUACCUCUGCUUAAACUAGAAGAAGAUGCUAUGAAAAUCAGAGCUGUCUACAAAGAACAAUCUGAAAUACUAGGUGAUGUAAUUGAGAGGAAAAAUCAUGCGAAAAAGAAUGUAGAAAAAACAAAGAAAAAAUUGCGAAGAAGGGGGAAAAGAGCCCAGGAUGCACUAAUAGAAACUGAGAAUAAACGCUCAGUAAUUUUUGAAGAAAUGGAGACCACUAAAAGUAAAACAAUUAUUUAUCAUACAAAAAUAAAUCAAUUGAGUAAGGAGUUAGAAGAAAAACAAAAGGAAAAGGAUAUGUUUGAUCAGAUACUUGACCAUUUAAAGGACCAGUUUAUAACUAUGAGAUAUAAAAAGGAACAUGCACAAGCUGUGUUUGAUCACCUCGUAAGUGAGAAAAAAGCCUGUGAAGAGAGACUCUGUGAAGAAGAACAGAGAUACAUAACACUCUUUAGCAUAAGGCAAAGAACCCUGGCAAACAUUAAGAAAAUACAAGAAGAUUCACUAGAAGAAAAUCUACGUUUAGCUCAAGAGUAUCAGCAAUUACAGACCAUUUUCUUAACAGAAAAGGACAACUAUUUGAACCUGUAUGACAGACAGCUAUCACUUGACAGUUCAGUUAGAGAUAAGAAACAGGCUGCAGGCUUCUCACCUAUGAAAUCCCCAAGCUCACUAGCAGCCACAUAAGAUGAACUUUCAGAUUUUCAGAUACCAUUCUGUCAGCUGCAAAGAAGGAUACACAAGGUGUGGCAGAAGCACUUCGAACUGGUGGUCCUCUACAGCCAGAUGAGGCUGGCCAAGUUCCAGAUAGACUCUCAAGAGAGUAUUCAGAAAAUAUUAGCUGUGCAGGAAGAAUCUUCAACUUUAAUGCAACACAUCUUAGAUUUCUUCCAGACUUUGACAGAUGGGCCAUGUGAAAACGAUGGUUAAGCAAACAACCAGUGUAUCUUGGAUGCUAAAAUAAAAGACAAGAAAAGUCACACAGUUCAGAUAGCAGUGUAAUUGGACAUUCACCUGUUUGCCAUUUCACACUUCCACGGACGAAAAACUCACUCACCUCCCAGCAUGCUUUGCCACUCUUUUACUUACAGCAAAUCCAUAACAAUGAAACAGGUGACUUUCAUGCUGCUGUCAGGAACGAUCUAAUUUCAGCUCUGGGUGACUGAUUGCAAUUGGCUUUGCCUCAUCUGAUAAUUAAUCUAUGUCACCAUUAAUUGGAAGAGAGAAUAAUUACUGGCAGUGUUGACAGUGACUGUUCGCUUCCCCAGAUUUCCCCAUCGUGUUGGCCCAAAUAAAGGCUUUGCAAUUCAGUACUUAAAGUUUGUGUAAACUGUAACAAUACCUAUGCCCAUGUGACACUUUCAGACACUCUGUCUAAUGUACUUUUGUUUUUGUGUUUACCAAUCUUUUUUAGCUCACUGAGAGCUGUCUCUCUCAAUCACUCCUCAAUGUUCUAUCUUAAUUUUGUGGAAGUUUAAAGUUUUCAAUGAGCUGGAGAUGAAUGAUUAAUGAAUAAAUUUAAAUGCUU